CAGGCGCGUCGCUUCGCGUCUGCCCGCCAUUUCCACGACCAAUCUUGAACCCUGCAAAGACGAAGCAAGUGCACGCCGCUGGUUGGCAUAUUUCCCAAUUCUCGACUCGUCGCCGCGACAUUCAACGUUAUAAAGCUCUACCGAUUGGCAUUUUAUCUUGUCGGGGAGAUAAUCGACUCUAUCAUCUUUUCUUGGCUAAUGCUUUUUAUCCUCGGGCAUUGAACAUCUUGAGCCCACAAAAUGGUUAAGGCGACCGCGCCCGCGCCUACUGGGCCCGGCAUCUACAGUGCCACGUACAGUGGUGUAAGAAUUCCUUCUUUGUGUUCUGAUUUAUGCUUCUUGCGCUGUGUUUGGUGUGACUGGAUGCGAGAUAUGGAAGCGAUGGAAUCUAGUGCCGUGGUCAUUGAGCUUGCUAGCUAACGCAUACUCUCACACAGAUUCCCGUCUACGAAUAUCAAUUCGGAGCCGACCUAAAAGAACAUGUUAUGAGACGACGACACGAUGACUGGAUCAACGCUACACAUAUCUUAAAAGCUGCAGCUUUCGACAAGCCGGCCCGAACCCGAAUUCUGGAGCGAGAUGUCCAAAAAGACGUCCAUGAAAAGAUCCAGGGAGGUUACGGAAAAUACCAAGGUACUUGGAUUCCGUUAGAAGCAGGUGAAGCCCUGGCAAAACGACACAGCGUGUACGACCGCCUCGCCCCAAUCUUUGAAUAUGUUGCUGGCAACGAAAGCCCUCCCCCGGCUCCCAGACAUGCCAGCAAGCCCAAGGCCCCCAAGGCUAAGCCUCCGCCACCUCGCUGGAACGCCAAUCCCGCACCCAUGCACGAUGAUUUCGAUCACGGCGAUACCAUGAUGGGCGAGGAUGACACACCAGACAAUCUGACCAUUGCCUCGGCAUCGUAUAUGGCGGAAGACGACCGAUUUGACCUGGGCCACAUGUCGACAGGUCAUCGCAAGCGGAAGCGAGAAGAGCAAAUGCAGGAUCUUACUGAGCAGCAACACUCUGUCUAUGGUGACGAGCUUUUGGACUAUUUCCUCCUCUCUAGGAACGAGCAGCCCACUGUUAAGCCCGAUCCCCCUCCCAACUUCCAGCCAAACUGGCUCAUUGAUGCUGAGAACCACACUGCUUUGCAUUGGGCCUCGGCUAUGGGCGAUGUUGAUGUGAUCAGACAGCUCAAGAGAUUCAAUGCCGCUAUUGCUGUUAAGAACGUGCGUGGCGAAACCCCCUUCAUGCGCUCUGUCAACUUUACCAAUUGUUACGAGAAGCAAACGUUCCCUGCUGUCAUGAAGGAGCUGUUUGAGACGGUUGAAGCCCGCGACAAUAUGGGAUGCACAGUUAUCCACCACGCUGCGGUGAUGAAAAACGGUAGAGUGUUUAGCUCAUCCUGUUCGCGUUACUAUCUAGACAACAUCCUAAACAGGCUUCAAGAAGUGCUUGAGCCUGCGGCGUUCCAACAGCUGCUAGAUUUGCAAGAUAGCGAAGGAAACACAGCACUUCAUCUUGCGGCACAGCGUAGCGCUAGGAAAUGCGUUCGCGCUCUGCUUGGUAGAAACGCUGCCACUGACAUCCCCAACCACGAGGGAGUUCGCGCCGAGGAUCUGAUUAUGGAGCUCAACGCCUCUAAGAAGGAGAGGGGGCCCCAACGUUCGUCGUCACCAUUUGCGCCAGACUCACAAAAACAUGCAUCGUUCCGGGAUGCGUUUGCAGACAAGUCAUCGCGAAAGGCAGGCCCAUCAUUCCAAUCGGCGGCUGCCACGACAGUGCAGUCUCGUAUCUCGCCGCUUAUUUUGGAAAAGUUUCAGGAUUUGGCAAAGAGCUACGACGAGGAGUGGCUUGAGAAGGAUGUGGCGGAGACGGAAGCUCGCCGUAUACUAGGCACUACGCAAUCUGAGCUUACCCUUGCACACCAACAGAUUGCCGAGCUUGAGGCCCAGCUGGAGCCGGAAGAAGUGGCUAACCAAAUCAUGAACGAAGCCAACCUAGCCAAGCACCAAGUGCUGUCACUUGUGACACACCAAAACAGGCUGCACGUCCACCAAGAAGUGGACGGCGAGCUGGCGCGGAUGAACGGCGACGUUAGCGGGCAGAACGAAACGUACGAGGAGCGGGUACAGCUAGCACGGCAGCUGAGCCAGAUACUUGCGGAGCAGCGUCAGGCGGAGAAUGAGUAUGUGGACGCACUGAGCAUGAUGGGGGUCGGCGACAACAUUGAAAAGUACCGCAAGCUGCUGAAGCGGUGCCUCGACCCUAAGGACGGCGAGAGCCUGGACAGCAACCUGGACAGUGUGAUUGAGAUGAUGGAGGAGGAGCGGGAUCCACGGGAUAUGGACGGCUCGGUUCCCGUCAGCGCCGAUCCCAUGGACAUUACCGCCGGCAUGUAGAUGGCACUAGUUUGGUUCGCGUCCACUCCCCCUCCUUCGUCCUCUCCCACGCUUGACCAACCGUCACAUACUGUUUCUUUUUCCUCGUGUUCUUUACAAAGCUUGAAAAAUUGUUGGGCGGCGUUUCGGGAACCUGUGCCUUUUAUUUUAUUUUACUGUUGGGAGUAUGAAUGGGAUAGCUCGAAAGUGUUGUUGUCUUGCGUUUCAUUCAACCACAGCGCCAAGUCUAUUUACAAAGAGAGAGAGUAUAAGUUAUGUAUACAAUGUUUAUUAUACUGUGCAAUACCUGCAUAUGCGUGCAUGGGCAGCACUACCAUAAAAAAGCCAUUUGUGCACAUUUAUGUAUUGUGCAAUGCUCACUCAUGAUGUGAUAUUCCUAGAG